AUGGCAUUUCCAAGGGCACCAUUAAACCACCCAGAUGCUCUUCUGGGUGGUGAGUAUUCCAUUCAGAUUGUACGUGUUAACGUUGCAAUUUUGAAUGUAAAAACUGAAUAAUAUGAUUGUAACGAUUUAGAUCAGAAAAUGAUUCAUUUGCUCAAAGAAAUCAACGUUGUCUUCAAAUCAAAGGGAAAACCAUUGAAACAAAAAGAUGACAUCGUGCAUUUCCUUGAGGUAUGUGGCUAUUCGGAAACCACACCGACACUCUAAUUAUUGGUUAAAAAUUUGUAGUACUUUGUUUUCGACCGGCCCUUUAAUAAGACUCAACGCUCACAGUACACCCUUUCUACAGUAAAUAUGUUAACUUUUUAGAGCCAGACAUUUUCUCAUCAUGCACGAACACUUUCUUCUUAAGCAAUGUGACAUAACUUGAGUAUUGUAACGUUUUUUUCAUUAUUUGUUUGUAUCUUACUGUAGGAUGAUGAGGAACCAGAUCACUGGCAGCAGAUGCGCCAGGGGUGUGUGCCUGGGCUAGUUGUUACCAGGAAAAAUGGAUCAAUGGUUUUAAUAGGCAAAGACAUAUUCCUUUCCUUCAAAGAAGGUGAGAUUGUUCAAGCAGUAGUGGCAUUCGUUGCAACGUUUUAUCUCCUUGACCUGGAUUACCCAGCCAAGUGGCUAAUGUCUCUAUCAGUCCUACAAAAGAUAAUUUUCAACGACAACCAAAUGCAUCCAGACUGUAGCACAGCAGAGCUGAAAAAAAUACUUGAAGACUUGGACAUUGUUUAUUAA